GGGGUUUAUCCAUCUUCCAUCUCCAACUCCAUCUACACCAUCAACCAUCUUCAACACAGUGAUAUGUCCUAGCAACUACACACGCAAGUGAUAGUGAGUCUCAUUAAAAUACAGUAAUUUACUCAAAAAUUUUAAGAAUUCAAAAAUAAGUUAUUCAGCACGAGUUCUCCUACAAAAUAAACCAAAAGUUGUGAUCGCGUGGCAGUAUUUUUUUUUCCUGAAUCAUUGAAGAGGUUGUUAUUGUCCUCACUAUCAUCCAGUGCUCCAGCUCCGAGCUAUACCGGGUGGUUUUAAAAAUAAAAAUACAAGAUGGUGUCGAGUAUCAAUUGAACUCAGGAAAAAUAAAUUUAAAAACCAAAACCCAACAAUAAAUCGAUAUUCAAACAAAUAAAUAAUUGAUUGUGUGUCAAGUGAGUGAUGAUAAGUGCAAGGGAGAAUGAUGCUAACCUUUGAAUGCUAGACAGUGACAAAUAAUAGUGCGAUGUUUUUAAAACUAUGAAUAUUUUAAAUCAGUUGGUAUUUUAUGGUGACAGUUAAUUUAUUUAUUUGCUUUAUUAUUUUGAAUGAUAAUUAUUAUAUUUAUUAGUGGUUUGUAAUUAGCAGCUGAAUGUGCUGGUAAAAAUGGUGAUUUUUAAUUGAAUUUAUGUCAAUAAGCAACCAUCCAUUUUGUUUAUGCACAAGAACACGCCUCGUUCCGAAAACAUGGAUCCAUCUCUUUUUACUACACACAGAAGAUGGAGAUCGGUGUGCGUGUGUGAAAUUAUCGUGAUUUACUUCCCGGUUCUCGUGACAUAGUACACACCAUAUACUCUGACAAUAAUAAUAAUAAUAAUAAUAAUAAUAAUAAUAAUAAUAAUAGUUACAGUGUGAUACUAAAGCUCAUGCAAUAACGAGUGUCUAUUGCAAUGCGGACAUAAAGUUUUUAUUUAAAAAAUAUUUUAAACUUAUCGACGAUCUAUUGCAUAAAAUAGAAAUUUUAAAUAAUAAAUAUAUUUAUUGCACCAACACGCUUAUUGGGGCUUAGUUAAUUAUGAUAAACAAUAUAUAAGUGAAGAAUUUCAUCACGAUCAAUGAACUACAAAGAAGAUUAAGUAAUUAUUUAUACUUAAUUUUAUUUGUUUAACAACAUAAUUAUGCAAUGAAAUUUGAUUUAAAUAUUUAAAUUAUUAAAUCACGUGACAAUUAUAUUUUAAUAAUGAAAAAAGGUAAACAAAAAAGAAUGGUCAGUUCCUCGGGGGGGACCCCCCGUAUCCAGGUCUUCAGACCGACCUAUGAAGAGUUCAAAGACUUCUCUAAGUACGUGGAGUACAUGGAGAGCAAAGGCGCGCACAAAGCCGGUCUCGCGAAAGUGAUACCUCCUCCCGAGUGGGUGCCGCGAAAAGGCGGGUACGAUGUCUCGCAAAUGGACUUGUCGAUACCCGCGCCGAUCUGCCAGGUGGUGACUGGCAAGCAGGGGCUGUACCAGCAGAUAAACAUCCAGAAGAAAUCGAUGACAAUUCAGGAGUACGAGAAGCUGGCAAACUCCGAGAGGUACGCGACUCCGAAGCACUUUGAUUACGAGGAUCUUGAGCGCAAGUACUGGAAAAACAUCACGUACGUCGCGCCUAUCUACGGCGCCGAUGUCUCAGGAUCUCUUACAGACCCGGAUGUUACCGAGUGGAACAUAAAUCAUCUUGGUACCAUUCUCGACUAUGUAAACAAAGACUACGGGAUAUCUAUUGACGGAGUAAACACCGCCUAUCUUUACUUUGGCAUGUGGAAAACUACAUUUGCAUGGCACACCGAGGACAUGGAUCUGUACUCCAUAAAUUAUUUACAUUUCGGAGCACCCAAGACCUGGUACGCGAUUCCUCCGGAGCAUGGUCGCAGGUUGGAAAGGCUCGCCAGUGGUUUUUUUCCCGGUAGUUAUCAAAGUUGUCAGGCUUUUUUGCGGCACAAAAUGUCAUUGAUUUCUCCGCAAAUACUUCGGCAAUAUUCAAUACCCUGCAACAAAAUAACUCAAGAAGCUGGGGAAAUAAUGAUAACAUUUCCCUAUGGUUAUCAUGCUGGUUUCAAUCACGGGUUCAAUUGUGCCGAAUCAACAAACUUUGCAGCACCAAGAUGGGUCGAGUAUGGCAAGAGAGCAACUCAGUGCACUUGCAGUAAAGAUAUGGUCAAAAUAUCAAUGGACACUUUUGUCAAACGUUUCCAGCCUGAUAGAUAUGAUUUAUGGCUCCGCGGUGAAGAUAUUGGAUGUCAUCCUGAAGAUCCUCGACAAACUGCAGCGCCAAUGCCCUCGCAAAUGGACCUUCUGUGCAGCAACAGCAACGACAAGCUGCCAGACAGUUACGUCAACGCGCCAAAAAAUAAACGGCACACAAUUCACCGUAAGAAAACACUUGUGGAUACAAAUCCAGAUCUCAAUAUGGACGAAUUAGUUAACAGUACUGACAUUCCUGCAGAUGUUAAAAAAGUUCUCCAAGACCUUGAGCUGGAGGAAGACGGGCCCGACGAGCAACAGCUCGAAGUCCUCGAGGACAUUUGGCUGAAAGCCGGCGAGCUUGAAGUCGAAGAGGCCAGCAUGUAUGACGACGGCUACAACAAGAAGAAAAACAAACGCAGGAAGCGCCGGCUUAAUCUAGACAAAGAGCGAGGCGGUUUCAAAACUAAAAAAUCAAUAAAGCCUUCAUUGAACAGGAAUAAUAGUCCUAAUGAGGAAAGCACAAGUGUUGACAUCAAGCCAAAGUAUCUUGACAUCAUUGGCAGCGCGGUCCCGUGUCUCGUCAUACCAAAAAUAACAAACUUUGAUGGUAUCAAUUCAUCGUCAGUCAAUAAUGAAACGAAAAAUGUAAAUUCGUUGUUCAAAAUAAAAGAGCCCUCGACGUCUGACUAUCCUGUGACUCCUGGUGAGACUCCGGUUAAGAAGAAAAGGAAAUAUACGAAGCACAAAGCAGAGAAUAAAGAGCACAAGAAAGUUGAUAGUGGUAGCAUUAAUGUUAAUAUUCCUAAGAGAACUUACAAGAAAAAAAUAAAAUGUAUUGCGCCAGUAGCGUCGGUCUUCGACUCUUCCCAACCGCUGGAUGUUUCUGAUGCAGAUGUCCAGCGUAAACUGAUGGCGAUGCCUAGUCUAUCACAAAAAUCACACAUUAAGACUGAACCCUCUAUUAAAUUAAGUAGCAGUAUCAGUGAUACUGAUGAAAGUAGUAUUAAUAAGUCUAUUAAUAAAUCACGUGCAUCACAAAUUAAUGAUAAUAUUGAGGCUUGUAUCUCGGCAGUUAUAUCGCGCUAUGACUACGAUUCUGACACGUCGUUGCAGGAUAAAUCAUUUGACGAAAGCGUCACUUCAUUUAUUGAUGAUAAAUCCUCUAUUACAACUGACACAGCAACUGACAAAUCAUCAGCGCUUGGCACGUCAAUCGACGAGUCGCCUAUCAAGACCGAAACCUCGACAGCAACUGAUGAUGAUUCUGCUGAGGAUGCUGAGGACAAGUCGUUUAUUAAAGUUGCUGAUACUUCAUUCUCUUCAUCGUCAUCCGCGUCAUCGCAAACAGAAUUUUUUGGCUUCUCUCCAAUUAAAAAUUCAAAAGAGCCGAUAACACUCAGCGCUCCUGUCAUUGUGACAUCUGGUACCACUGAGGUGAAGAAAAAAAAGUCUUCAUUUACUAUUAUACCGAAAAAAUGUUCAACUGCGACAAGAAUCAACAGACCGGUGACUAUUUAUCCGAAAAAUGAUAUUAUAAAGGCGCCUAAAUUAUGCGUACUGACAAAACCGACGCAAAUAAUACAAGCAAACAAUGAAGUCAAGUCUAAAUCACAAGACAAUGACACUCUCAAAGCAGCCAAUGGUCUGCUCGUACUUCAACAGAACUCGAGAUUACUCUCCAGUCCAAAUGAAUCCAGUAAAUUUAUCAAAAGUAACAACAAUAACAACAACAGUUCGAUUCUUCAGAACACAGUGACACCCAUCAAGCCGAAGGUCACAACAAUUACAUGUAAGGAAAUGCGGCAACACUUGGAAAGAUUUAAAUUACCCAAGACUACAAUAAUUUCUGAGAAAACUGACACUAAUGACAAUAAAAUGCUCAGUGUCUUUCAAAGUAAAGUAUCCACUCCUGUUUUUCCUGGCUCUGAUCGGGUUGACGAGACCAAGAGACCGGGACAGGUUAAUUCAAAUGUUACAUUCACAGCAGAAGACACCCGGGUCGCUACCAAACGGUUCUGGCAGGUACCCAACACCAACACCGUCCUCAUAGCCAAUGACACGAAUUCUCGUGAAAUUAAAACAGUCCAAGCGCCUUCAACUUUGAUAAGCUCGGCAUUGAAUACAACUAAAAAGCUAUGGCACAUGCCAUCACCAAAUACUGUUGUACUGAGCGCUGAUGGUAAAUCUUCUUCAUUAAUUAGUAAUUCAUUUUCAUCACCGUCAUCAAAUGCUGCUAUACAAUUUAAUAACAAUAAUAGUAGUAAUAAUAAUACAAUAGCGUCACCAACUCCAUUGACCUACAGUACGCCAAAUAAAAAUGGUAUUAUAAAAGUAGCAGGUAAAACAAGCGCGAGAAUGUCUAUGGGAUCAUCAUCAUCAUUGUCACAGCAACACCAGCAGAUAGCAAUUGGCACCUCACUUUUAAAAGUCGCCCAGCAACAGCAGCUUAAACAAAAUUCAUCUAUAAAUAAUGUUGAAAUAGUAAUGCCACAGCCGCAGUAUAAAAAAAAUCCAGUUCCGCAAUUACACAAAAUAUUACAGCCUACAGCGGUGUCAAUUUUAAAACCCCAAGUAAUACAGAGUCAAUUAAAAUCAAAUGUAAAACGAACACCUCGUAAAAAGAAGCCGACAAAGUUGUCCCUUGAAUCCUUAGACAGUCACGACGAUCUAGCAAGUGGUGACCGCAAAAUGUGCUCGAUAGCGACGCAAGUUGACAAUUUGUCACCGCUCAAAUUGACCGAGUGCAAUGUUAACCAGCCGUCAAACAGCCCGAUAAUAACGUCGAGUUUUAUCAAAGAAGAAGCUGCUUCAUCGGAGUACGAACCGACGAGCUAUGUAGCGUCGACAGACAACAGUGCAGCGGCUAUCAAGUCUCAGAUGCUUUUCAAUUUACCCUCUAAUAAAUAUUUGUCGAUGUCGUACGCAGACUCGAAGAUGUCGAUGCCGGACAUUAAACCAAUUAUUCCAUUAACAACAACCCUGGGAUCGGAAAUAAAAAUACCGAUACCAACGAAACCGAGCGCUGUCGGUAUCAAGUCAAUAAACAGUUCAAAGCCUCCGUCAUUGGCUAAAAUAAGUGGUGGCGCUAAGAGCCAAACUAAAACGCCGCGUAAACCGCGGACGCCUAAGCGUAAAAAUCAGGUUAAAAUUGAAGAGGACGGACUCCCUCCAGUAUUAACGAUUGAACCAAACUACCCAGCUUACAACAAUCACGAGUCAUUUAAAGCGUCAUCUUGUUCGUCCUCGUCAUCGUCAAUGAUGUCACCAACUUUAUCAUCAUCGUCAGCGUCAAUGUCCACCUCUACCUCUGCUGUGGCAGCUGCGUCAAAUGGACAGUCUCAAGUACCAGGUCAUAUUAUGGACAUGCUCUACCCCAAUAAUCCGGAGCUGGACAACGUCCGGAAGUUCAAUGACUACUGGAGCAGUCAGUUGUCACACUGCGCUAUUUGCACAGCAUUUGCAUCCUCAAAUAACGGCUGCAAUCGGCAAAUGCCACAGGACUGGAAGUGUUUCAAGCCGUCGACGUUGCCAGAGAGCUCUCCAAUAUGUGUGUCAUCAAGUUUAUUCGCGGCAAAUUCAAAAGAACAAGAGAUUGAACCAGAAAAUAACAGUUUACUUCGCUGUCGCGACUGUCAUGUCACCGUCCACGCAUCCUGCUAUGGAAUCACAGUAUUACCCAGCGAUUUAUUUAAUUGGGCGUGUGAUAAAUGCAAGGCUGGUAUGGUACAAUCAAACUGCUGUCUCUGUCCGAUGCGCGGUGGUGCUGUAAAACGAACGAGCGACAGUCGGUGGGCACACAUACUCUGCGCUCUGCUGAUACCAGGUGUCACAUUCAAAGAUUCUGUUCACAAAGAUCCUAUCAACGUUCUGACUAUCAAACAUGACAUGGUCAAGCAGCAGUGCUCGUACUGCAAGCAAAUCACGGGUGUGGUACUGAGCUGUCAUCUCUGUAGGACAUCUUUCCAUCCCUCUUGUGGUCUAGUUGCUGGUGCAGCGUUCGACAUACCUGCUUAUGAUUCAAAUGAAUUCCAGGUGACAUGCCGUGGACAUAAAAAUGAAAUAAAAAAAACGUUUGACAUCCGGCAAGGGGAUAAAGUAUGGGCUAAACAUAAAAACACACGUUUUUAUCAAGCAACUGUUGAUUCGAUUGAUUCCCAUAUGUUUUGCAUGGUUACAUUCAGUGAUACUAGUUUCAGCGACAAUCUUUAUCAGUCUGAUAUUAUUAGUCAUGAAGCUCUCCCAAUUAUUGGAGAAGGUGUCAGAGUACAAUGGACAGAUGGACAAAUUUACGAUGGUAUUUUUGAAGGAACUAAUUCUCGAACAAUGUAUACUGUUGUAUUUGAGGAUGGCUCGCGAUGUACUGUAGAAAGUAAUGAAAUAUAUACAUUGAACGAAGAUUUACCGGGAAGAGUACAGUCGCGUUUGUCAGCUGCAACUGAAAUGCAACAUCGAUCUCAUCUUUAUGGCAAUGAAAGCGGUGACUACUUCGUAGUGCAACGGAAAAGAAAUAAAGUUAAGAUUAAAAUCUAAAUAUUUAUGAACAAUAAUAGUAAUAAUAAUAAAAAUUAAUUAAAUAAAAGUAAUGCAACAAUAAAUUAUUAAGUAAAAUAAAAUCAUUGAAUCGUUUAAAUGAUAGAGCUAAAAAUUUAUUAACUGUUGUAAAUAAUUGUAACUUAAUCGUGGGAUCUUGUUUGAUUCUAGUUGUAAAAAAUUGAUAGCUAAAAAAAUUAAACUUUCUAAAUACUCAAGCUUCAAUUAAUUAACAAUUAAAUUUUACUUUUUAUUUAUUUAUUAUUAUUAUUAUUCUUUAAAUAAAAUUGAAUUUAUUUUAUUUUUUUUUACGACAAUUCAUUUUUUUUUAAAUUAUAAAUUAUCAUUUAUUUUAAUUAAUCAUAUUUAAUAAUUUAAAAAAAAUGCAUAAUUGAUCUAGAAUCAAACAAAAUAUACUUAUAUAUUUAAGUACCUGUAUUAUAUGUGUGAAUUUGCAGUUGAUAUUAUUAUUAUUAAUAUGAAUGUUUGUCAUUUUUAAAUUAAG